UAAUUCUUCCUCUAGCACACAGCUGCCCCUCCUUCCUCGGCUGAAGGCUGCAGUCUAGAGAGCAGGGAGUGGGAGACUGUGCCUGUCACUUGUACGGUUCUCUCAUCUGAAGACACUGCAGUCCUUCCCCGGGUGAGCGAUCCCAGCCAUGGCAGCAAUUCGGAAAAAGCUGGUGAUUGUUGGUGAUGGUGCAUGUGGAAAAACCUGUCUCCUGAUAGUCUUUAGCAAGGAUCAGUUUCCUGAAGUAUAUGUGCCAACAGUCUUUGAAAACUACAUAGCUGACAUUGAAGUAGAUGGAAAACAGGUGGAACUGGCUCUGUGGGACACAGCAGGGCAAGAGGAUUAUGACAGACUGCGCCCACUCUCUUACCCUGAUACCGAUGUUAUUCUGAUGUGUUUUUCAAUUGACAGCCCAGACAGCUUAGAGAACAUUCCUGAGAAGUGGACACCAGAAGUAAAACAUUUCUGUCCUAAUGUGCCAAUUAUUUUAGUUGGUAAUAAGAAGGAUCUCCGAAAUGAUGAACAUACCAGGAGGGAGCUAACAAAGAUGAAGCAGGAGCCUGUUAAACCGGAAGAUGGGCGGGAAAUGGCAAACCGCAUUAAUGCUUUUGGAUACCUUGAAUGCUCUGCCAAGACGAAGGAUGGUGUGCGAGAGGUGUUUGAAAUGGCAACACGAGCAGCCUUGCAAGUCCGAAAACACAGGAAGAAGCAGCGCUGCUCCAUCCUAUAAGUAAAGUCCUAGAGCCUGUUGGGAAGACCAAGAGAAGAACAAAGCAAAUAGCUGUUUUUGCUGCUGUACCACCUGCUAUCUGAUGCCAGAGACUCCAGCAGCGAAGGGCUAUAUGCGCAGUUUGUACUGUAAAUGUAUGUAUUCUUGUUUUUUUUUUUGUUGGUUUCAUUUGUUUCACACCUAAA